AUGAGGCACAAAGAGGAAAUUUGUGAAGAGUAUCUUCUUUUAACAUACAAGAUCCAGCGGUCUCGUGGUGAGCCCGAAAAGGUGCCUGUUUCUCUACCUAUGGAUUUGUGCUUUUGGUGAAAUUAAAUAAAACUUAAAUCAAACCAACUGAUGUCUGUCUGAUGGGCAGAGGACACUGACAGCUGCUGUUUUCCAGUUAUCAUCACUGUUUCUCUCUCUCUCUCUCUGCAGGUUGGAGACUCACUUCCGGACGUGCAGGUGUUUGAAGGGAACCCUGGUAACAAGAUCAGUCUGAGUGAUGUCUUUAGUGGGAAGAAAGGUGUGCUGUUCGGGGUCCCAGGGGCCUUUACUCCGGGCUGUUCAAAGGUGAAAGGAGGAAAUCAUUGUAUGAUUCAAUGCUGUUAUAAAGUGUAAUAUUUGCAGAUGCUGUGUCCCUUUUUUUGUAUAGACAAGGUUAUACCAUCUACUUCACAUUAAUAACCUUAAUAAAUAAAAUACUAAGGGAACACAAUAGGCAUUAAAACAAGACUAAUGCAAUUAAUAGGAUUUGGGCUCAUUAAUGUGUUCUAAUCCAUUUUUUUUUUUUUUUUUUUAAAGCGUAGCUGUGAUGUGUGUGUGUGUGUUCCUGUACUCCAACCGAGUACCUCCGCCCAAUCUGCUUCCUAGCUGUUGGGAAGUUAGCCUAGAAUGCUUAAACCCCAGUCUGUGAGGCAACAAGACUUGACUGGGUUUCUCUGGAGCUUUUCUACCCGAUCAGGCUACAAAUGUAAUUUCUAUUGCCUUCACAAAGGCACCUGUGACUCUCAGGCUUGGUUCUCUUGAUUUAUCCCAGGACUAGCUGGAUCGUGCAGCCAGCCAACAGGUCCUAAGACCCUGUUACCGGGAUCCCUAAAAAUUCACAUAGGAACUAACAUGCAAAGCUUUACUUUUACGUGGGACUAGCCUAUAUGAUCAUUACAUUUAGAUCGCUGUGACACUUCAAUAAGAUACAAAUACACAGAAUAUUAGUAAACAAGCAACUAAAAUUAAUAUAUGCACUAUAUAAUACCAAUAACAUUUUCAAACACAAUGAAAGGCAAUAAUAUAUACGUUUAACUACAUAUUUUGUUGCCCUCAUUUGCAUACGUCUUAUGUGAAUGAACACAUUUCUAGACCAAGCAUGUCAAACUCGCGACCCAGCUCAGUGCAUGCUCAGUGUUAUAGCAGAGUAGGCACCUGCUUUCCCCAUAUUGCAGGUGCCUACUCUGCUAACAUUUACCAGGCCACCGAGGGAGCUCAGCCUUCCGGCUCCCUCGCGCGUGCCGACUGAAGUGAAGCCAGACGCCGGAAUAUGACGUCACAUUCCGGCACCCGACAUCACUAAACCGCGCGCGGGGGCAGUGAGGAGCAGGAAGGACCUCAGGGAGAUGCCCCCCAUCGACUCCAUAAGGUAGGGAGCAAUAAAGAAAAGUGUGUGUGUGUGCCUGCCAGUUAGUAUGUGUGUGUCUGUCAGCAAGUGUGUGUGUGUGUGUGUGUGUGUGUGUGUGUGGAUCUGUCUGUGAGUACGUGUGUGCGUGUCUGUCUGUGUGUGUCUGUUUGUCAGUGAGUGUGUGUGUGUGCGGCCCUCAUAAACUUAAACCUUGUUUAUGUGGGCCGUGCCACACUUUGAGUUUGACAUGCUUGUUCUAGACCAGGGGUUCUCAACCCAGUCCUCGGGACCCCCUACCAGUCCAGGAUUUGGGGAUUACCUGGGUGUGUCUAAGGUGUUUAGAAAAAGAGAACCUUAGAGUCUAAGGUGUGUGGGUUUUUUUCUCUAAACACCUUAGACACACCCAGGUAAUCCCUAAACCCUGGACUGGUAGGGGGUCCUGAGGACUAACGUUGAGAACCCCUGUUCUAGACAGUCAGCAGAGGGCACAGCAGAGUUAUCCAGUAACAAUGAAUAGUCUGUACAUUGAUUGUGGGGGGGAGUGGCUCCUAGUCUGUGUGUCUAUUGGGGGGCAGCGUAGGCUCCCUAAUUAUUUCUGUGUUUGGUGCAGUGGGAGUUAAUGUUUGCCUUUUUUUUGGGAGGUGUCAUUACUGUCUCUGUGUGGGGAGGGUCAAUCGCUCCAUGUCUGUCUGUUUGUUUGGGCUGGGGGGCAGUACUAUGUACUAUGGCACUGAUUGCAAAAUGGAAUGGUAGUUAUUAUUCGUAAUAGCAUUAAAAAUUUUGAAAUAAUAUUGAUCUCUCCUAAAAGGGGCUUUCAUAGCCGAGUGUAGUGAUUGCAUCAGGCUAUAGAAGUGCAGUUUCAUAGAGCUUCCCCUGCCCAGGCAAUAUACUUUCUAAUACUAACCUGCAGUUUAGUUUGCGAUUAGCACAGGCAGCAUUGAAAACUGAAAUGCCCGUAUAUUUUAGAUGUGUGGACAGGUACUGACAGUAUGAAAUACAUGCUUCUUAUAAACAAUCAUUUACUUAACCCCUUAAGGACACAUGACAUGUGUAACAUGUCAUGAUUCCCUUUUAUUCCAGAAGUUUAGUCCUUAAGGGGUUAAACUAAACCAAAGCUGACUGAUGUUUUAGACUAAAAUCGCUGGCAAACUGCCAAACGCAGAGGAAAAAAUUCAAAAGCAGAGUUAUUUAUAAACUUUUUUUCUUUAAAUGUUAGUUAAUGCACAUGUUUUUAAUGUUCAUACAGCAGAUGCAUUUACAAGAGAAUGUCAGCCCUGAAUGUGAAUUAAUCUGUUCUAAAAGAAGAUAUUUGGGAUUAUUGUGCAUUGUUUUCAGGAAAUACCUCUUCUCCGUUUGGUGCCAACUUCACACAAAAACAAACAAACUGGAAUGCUGUAGUCAAAUAUAGAUUUAAUGGGAUAGUUUUCGAGGAUUUCUCAUAUUUUUGUUUUCCAGGGGAACCAGCCAGAUAAAACUACCCCCUUAUCCCCCUCCCCCCCAAGCUGAAAACAUAUUUACAACACAAUUCUUCCUGAAAUUUUCCCCAAGUGUAAUUUUUUUUUUUUUUUUUGCAAAAUCUUUAUUUGUAAGAGUUUGACGCAACGGUAUAUAGGUACAGCAGAAGAAUUUAGCAGUCGGUGGAGAAUGCACCUACAAGGGGCAGCAGCAGUAUGCAUGCUUCACUAUCAUUCUCAAAGGGAUAUAGUAUCUCAUGUGCGCAAUUUACUGGGUCUCUGAUGUCCCCAAGAGAAAGGAAUAUAGUAAGAGGAGAUCUGGGCUUGGGAAGAAGGGAUUAGAGAGCGCACAAAAGGGAGAGAAAAAAGAGAGGGGGGAUGGGAUGAGGUUGGUCAUAUUGGGCUCAUUUAGCCUGAGGGCUCUGUCUUAUUCAGUUAUGGAACGUAUUGAAUCCAGGUCCAAGUGGCCCUGUAUUUGUCCAUGGUCAAAGAGGCCCCAAGUGCAACUUGAUUCCUUGUAGAUAUGAUUGUUAUUAUUUAUGUAAUGCAAAAAAAUUUUUUUUUAUAUAUAUAUAUAUUAUUAUAUACACACACAGACACUGUGUGAGUUCAUAUAUAAAUAAUACGAAAUAAUACAUAAAAUGUGAUAUUGUAAUAAAAAUUACAAAAAUGUUAAAACAAAAUGCCAGAUACCAUUAUAUUAUAGUAGAUUAUUCUGCAUUAGUUUUCCAGGUUUUUAUAAUUUAAUUUAUUUUAUAUACGUGUUUUGUGUUUCCCACAUUUAUUUAUUGUUAUGCCAACAUAUUCUUUAGCGCUUUACAAUUGUAGAAAAGGGAUAACAAGUAGUUUGACAUAUCAGAGACAAGAGGUAAAGAAAGCCCUGCUCAAACAAGCAUACAAUCUGAGACUGAGAACUCUUUCAUGGCAAAUUCUUUUUACAAUAAGAUCAGUAAAAAUCAAUAGUGACUAAUCUCCUGCCUCUAUUUGAAGUUAUUUGAACUUUUGGUAUAUCAAACAGUGUCCUACAUUUAUUUUUAUUGUAUCGAAAUUUCUCAAUUUAAUCAAAAAGUGAUUUUCAGAGACAUGUGUAACACAUCUUAGAACUUGUCUUCCUGCAACCCAGAAAAUUUUGAUUCUGAGUGUCUGUCAAAAAGCAAUCAAUACUCCCAACCGAUUUAAGUAAAUGUUAAUACGUUGUUAUUGCUGACCACCUUUAUAUGUCAUACCUGUAAUAGUCUGCCUCAGACACAGUAGGUCUAAAUAUGGAAAUACAUUUUCUUUGCUAGAUGCCUUGUUAAUAAGCAGCGGAAUCAGUCAUGGUAUGUAUAUCUUGCUACUGAUCCCUGUGUCUAAUCCUUAAGGUGUGGAUUGGAUAGUGAUCAGCAGGUUCUGUAGGACUAUGACUCCUGAUGUGCACAGACGUCCUCUGACAUGUUAAGUUGUCUGCAGAGGGCUAGGAGACCGUCUUCUUUGCUUGGGUUUGUUGCAGGUUGUUAUGGUUUUAGUUACACUGCUACAUGCUGCCUUUUCCUGUUAGUUUCAAAGUCUGCCCUUAAAAUAUAUCUAUAUUUUGGUAUACAAGUACUUUCAUACAUGUACGAAUUCUUAAUCUGUGGAUAGAAUUACGUGGUAACAGGGAUUACUUUCAUUUGCAGACACAUCUUCCUGGCUAUGUGGAAAAGAAUGCAGAACUUAAAUCGCAUGGAGUAGACGUGGUGGCAUGCAUCUCCGUCAAUGAUGUGUUCGUGAUGACUGAGUGGGGGAAAGCACAUGGAGCAGAGGGCAAGGUGAGCAAACACAAUUUGACUAGUGGGUACUUACAUGACACCCAGCAGUGUAAGAACUUAGGAAAUUCUCUAGGGUAAGAAAAGCUCUUAUUAUGCAGUGAAGAGCUCCACUACACUCUGUUCAGAACGCUGUCAGCGAAUCAUCUACUUAGUGAUUGGUUGUAUUGAAAAGUUGUGGGAUUUGAUAAUCAUGGCAAUAUCGAACAUUUGCUUAGUGCCUCAAAAGUCACAUAUCCCAACAGUGGAAACUCACAGGUUCACCCAUACACCAUAAAAAGGUAAUUGGCUGCUUAUUACUCUGGGGGCAACAUCAGGGGCUUCUGGUAGUCUGAAUAAACACUGAUCCUGCAUCAUCUGGCUAUUUCUAGAUAUUUUGAGUAUGAGGGAGUCCAGCAAUAUUUGGUUAUAAUUGGGGAUUGAAAAGACCCCAUAUGAAGUAGGCUACAUUGUCUUCUUCUGCAUGUGAUUUGAUAUUAAAGGACCAGUCCAGUUACCAUUACCACUACCGCCCACUGUAGUGAUUAGGGUGUGAGGAGUACCCUGUGGCUCUCCAAAAGAAAAUGGUCCACCAGUUUUCCUUGACACGUACCUGGGUCCUACCAGAUUUCAUCAAUCUGGUAUCCUUUUGUGGUAAUACCAAUACAGAAGUUCCCCAUCUGCAUUAUUGUCAGUUCUGGCUGUAUUUGGAUUGAAUUCAUGGGCUGAGAUUAAUUGACACCCUCAGCCAAUGAACUUUGUUCAAAUAUGGCCAAACUUGAGAUAUCUGCUGUUUAAAGGGAACAUUCUCUUUAGAUAUAUUGGAAAUGAUGGUUGAACUAGAGCCUAGGAAUUAAACAUGCUGCCCACUUGACCACUAGGUGGGAUAGAAGGCAGACUGGAAGAGCUGGGAGCUCUGACUCUCAACAGCCAGUGGUUUUAUGGGAAGCCACCCUUCUGCAUCCACAAGGUAGGAAACAGGAAGGUGGCUAAAAUAAGAGUACAUUUUGGAUGUGUAUCUGUAUGAGUGUCAUUCUAUGUAUCUGAAUUUGUCAUUCUGUGUAUGUGUCAUUCUGUGUGUCUGUGUAUUUGCAUGUGUCAGUGUGUACCUGUUUCUCUGUUUGUAUCUAUAUUAUUAUAGUGUGUGUCUGUUUAUCUGUAUGUGUGUUACUGUGUAUCUGUAUGUUUGUCAGUGAGUGUAUAUGUGUAUCUAUGUAUCUGCAUGCAUGUCAGUGUAUGCACCUCUGUAUCUGUCUUUGUAUGUCUGUGUGUUUGCAUGUCUGUAACUGUGUGUGUAUAUGUGUCCUUGCAUGAUUUUUAUCGCCGUGAAAUAUUAGUGCGGGCCACGCCCAUUCAUUUUUGAUGAACUGGCUCACUGCAGAAAAAACUUGGAUACCUCUGUACUAGAGGAUCAUCUGAGGACCCAGGUAAGUGUCAAACCAUUUGAAAACUGAGAUAUACUGUGAUAGUUGCUAUGAUGCCUCGACUGCCACUUUAAAAGACCCUAUGGUGUUAAUAAUACAAAACUGUAUUCCUAACACUACAGUGUCACCUUGCCUCGGCCAUGAAAAGGUUAAAAAACAAAACAAAAUUGUUUAAACACUUAACUGUUACCAGUGCUGAGGAACCUCAGCGUUAUCUGGGAACCUAGUGUGCAUGCGCGGAGAGUACCCUGUGCGCAUCAAGUGUUCCCCAUGUGAAAACAUUGACUCAUGUGUUCCCCAUGUGAAAACAUUGGGGUUUUGCAAGACACUGGAGGACCUAAUGUACCGCAUGAGGACGUCCAGAGUUAAACUGUGGGAAACUGCAGAAAGUGCCUCUAUUGGCUUGGAGGGUUUAGGGGGCAACAACACUGCUCCCAGACCACUUCAAUGAGAUGGUGGUAAAUAUGAAAAAAGUAUUUCCCUCAAAUAGGAUACCAGAAAUGUAUCCUAUGUAAAAAUGCCAAAACUUGUCUGUUAUUAAUGCACAGAAACUCCAAAGAAUCAGUCAUGAAGACUUUAAGUGAAUCAAGCCUCCAAAGCCCUGAUUGCAUCUCUGAUUAUAGUUUUAUAACCUACAAACCACAGAAUUCAUACCUGUCCACUAAGACCUCGGUUCUGGUCUCUUAAAGGGACACUAUAGUUACCAGAACAACUAGAGCUUAAUGUAGUUGUUCUGGUGAGUAUAGUCAGUCCCUGUAGGCUUUAUGCAGUAAACACUGUCUUUUCAGAGAAAAGGCAGUGUUUACAUUACAGCCUAGGGACACCUCAGAUGGCCACUGAACGUGCUUCUUGGGGUAAUGUUGCAUGGAGAUGAUUGAUUGAAUGCAUCUCUAUGAGGAGAUGCUGAUUGGCCAGGGUUUGACCCUGCCCCGCCUCCCUGACAAUCUCAGCCAAUCCAUCAAUCAGUUCUUAUUAUGUCAGCCAAAGUGGCGGGUUGGGGACAGGGCUAGUGCCGCCAGACCGAUGGAGAGCUGGAAACAAGGAAAGUUUCAACCAUUUCUAAGGGGACAAGGGUGGGGCAAGCCACCUAAAUAGUAGGUUUUAACACUAUAGGUAAAGGAGAACAUUUUUGUGUUACUGAUCCUAUAGUGUUCCUUUAAAUGUUGAGUUUUUCUUUCAGUAUCACACUCUGCCUGGUGUGGGUGAAGCCAAGGGAAACUCUACCAUCUUUCUUGUCCCAUCCUUUCCUCUCUUACAAAAUAUUUGACAUCUGGGUGGUGAUAUGGUCUUAUAAUUCUAACCUAUUUUACGAUUUGAAUGUGAAACAAUGAGAAAAUCUGUUUAUAUGCUGUACCCAAUCCAUGCAUAUUUAGAUGUGCUUUGUUUAAUCUUUUACUCUGCUACCCUUUGUAUCAAAACCAAGAAAUCUAUUAAAUAAAGAUUGUAAAAAAAAUGGAGUUGGUAAAGCCCUAAUAAUUUGAUGUUCUACUGAAUAUAUUUCCAAUUUCAGAAGUAUAGAAAAACGAAUAUUUCUGCAAUACUAAAGCUUUAUUUUAUACCAUACAUAACAAUUGUAGGUGGGAAAAGAGGGUAAACCAUGCAGCUAAUCUUAAGUACUUCUCCAAAAAUAUAAAAAAACAACAUAAACCAAAUAACGAAUUAAUGCUGGGAGCACCACUCAAAUCAAGUAAAAAAUGUAAUUAUAGUGUGAAGAAGAUUAUAAAGCAGCCAUGUAAUUUACCAUAUACAACACAGUAUAGUGUAUACUGAAGACAGAAAAUCCUCCAACAUAUUUGGGAGAUAUAAAAAGCAAAAUAUAAAAAAAAAAUACAGAGUAAUUAUUUGACACAAAACUUAAAUCUAAGGCUUAGAAUACGCUCACAGACAGCAAGGUAAACGGUUAACAAAAUGUUCAAAUAUACUUGCCCACAAUCAGCACAGCAGAUUGUGAACAGGAAAAGUGCCUCAAGUCGUGACUCCUGGAGCGUAAUUCUGUAAACUGUGUCAAUUCUCUGAAGUCCAAAGGUAUCAUCACUUGACUCAUUUCGUCCGCUGUCAGUGCAAACCUGUAUUUUCCUCUUUGUGAGUCCGCCUUAGAAAGCACCUUCCAGUAAGCAGCUUGAGAAAAGGGAGGGGUACAUGGAGCUCAUCAUUACGGCACCACCAUACGUCGUAAGCAUAUUGAUGUUUGCCUGUGAUCAUGUGAGAGUUUCAUGGAACCACCUUCCCCUACAUUAAGUCCAAACUAGAAAGUCCGUCAAAUUCCGUACAGAUACAAAAAACUUUAAGACAUUAAGUGUGUAUACAGCACCACACUCCUUUAGUGUACUUAUUAAAAUAAUAUUGAGAAAAGGGAAAAAUUGAUGCGAUCACAGGCUAGCAUCAGUACACAUAUAUUACCGCUGUAAUGAUGACAUGAGGAAUUUUUCCUGUUCAUAAUCUGCUGUGCGACUGAGACUGGAAUUAUGCCACACACUUUAUUUGCACACUUUAUUUGCACACUUUAUUUGUAAGUGUAUUUUAACACUUUGAUUUAUGUCUUGUGUCAAUAAAUAACUACACUACAUAUGCUUUUUACAAUUAGCUUUUUUUUAUUUUUUUAUCUCCAAACAAGAGUACUUCCUGUCUCCAGGAUACACUAUACUGUAUUGUACGUGGUAACAAUCGAAUUAUAAACUGCUUCACACAAUAAUUUUUCACUUGAUGUGGGUGGUGCUCCCAGCGCUGUUUCUCAAUUUGUGAAGUUGUAAGAUUACCAGCAUCAAAAUUUUUCAAUUAAAAUUACAGUGUGUUGUAACAGUAAUGAUUCUUGCAGAUUACGGGAUAAAUGUCAUAGAACAAAGAGAUGCCUGUUUUGUAACUCCUCGUUUGGGCACUUCUAGUUUUGUGUAACAUGUUGUGUAAAAGCAACCGUUGCCUAAAAGGAUAGGUAAAAAUGCAGUAAAACAAUUGUCUCAACAAGUAAAAUAUGGCAAAUUAGAAUGUGUUUCAGAUCAGAAUAUUUUUUUUAAAAUGCUUUGAAAUAACAUAAAAUAAUAUAUAAUUGCACAAAACUAUAAUAGUCAACACUCAAAGACACAAAAACGUACGUCGUAUCAUUUUAUUGAUUUAUACAGUAAUCUAGGUGGUAAACAAAAAAUAAUAUUUAUACAUAUCCCGGUGUGCUUUCCAAUUCUUAUAGAGCCAGAUUGCUUACAAAUGAACCAAAAACGAGAGGGAAGGGAAUGUAGAAUUGGACACAUCGAUGCAAAAGUAAUAGAGCAGGGGACGCAGCCCGUGAGCUUAAAAUGUUAUUGAAUUCUAACACUGGUCCUCUUAUUACCACCUUGCAUGGUUUUAAAUAGUCUAACUAUAAAGUGCAACUGCCUUGGAUAGGCCUUUCAGUGGUAAAGAUGAUCUGGGAGUGUCUGAUAUGUGAUCUUCGGGGAAACCUCUUUGCAUUGUUUCUAGAGAAGUUAAUAUUGCCCAGUGACAGAGCUUUGAGCAGCGUAACACCUAGAGAAAUAGAUGAAUGAUGCAGUGAGAGAUGGGAGAUUGUAAAAGAUAGAUUUAGAUAGUGUUAACGCUUUCAUUGCCAGGAUGUUGAGUAUUUUGCAAUCUUUUUCAUCAGUUAUGUUUGUUUAAAAAAAAAAAAAGUGCUCUUUACUAGUAGGUGUGCGUGUGUGCGCGUGCCCACUUUCUUCUGACAAUGUAAAGUCAUUAUUCCAAGGUGAAAAUAAUUUAUUUAGUGUUUUUAGUAUUUUUGGUUGCCGUAAAGUAGGGAUCUUAGUCUUACAUGGUUAUACACGUUUCAGACCUUGGUUUGAUCGCCUUUUAGGUCAUUCCGUUCUAUUGCUGUGAUCAGACAGAGCUGUGUGAGAGCAUGUUAUCAAGCAGCUGGAGUUGGCGAUUCCUUGUCAUAAUAAUGCAAUGAUCUUUAUCCAGAGUAAGAUUUGGGUUCCAUCCCUCCCCCACUAAAAAUAUAAAUAAAACCAAAACUGAGUCAUUAUCGCCCAAAAAAUUCCAAUUGCAAAAUGUGAGCUAAAAUAGCCAAACUGUCACCAUGGUGUAGUUGGAUAAUUUUUCCUAAUCCUCUACUUUAGACUAAAUGUUGCAAUUUGUCUUUAUUUUACUGCAGUUUGUUGUUCAUUAAAGAAACUUGGAUAGUACGAUUGACAAAACCUAUGGAAGGUGGUCGAUAGUCAGUCACAUAUGUCUGGCAGUGAAAGGUUCAAAGAGACACACCAGCUUUGCAUUGACAGACUUUUUAUAUAUUUUAUUUUAUUCAUUAGAUAGACAAUGCUUUGCAAAAUGAAAAAUGACACACCAGCUGAUGCAAUGAACCCAUGCAGUUUAGCUCACUAACAGAUUCUCUCUUUCUGUAGGUUCGUAUGCUGGCUGAUCCCACUGGAGCAUUUGGCAAGGUCAGUGCUGCGUGUGCCAAGUUCCUUCCGAUUCUUAGCAACGGUGCCUUCGUAAUCAUGCAUGAUGCUACUGGCAAAAUAGCUUGUCUGUUGUGUUUGCAUAAUCUUGCAUAUCAGACCCAGAAAUCAUUUUUUCACAAAAGUGUUUUGCCAAGAUUUGUUUUCCAGUAACCUACCCGAUGGGGUUAGUGCUGCAGGGAGAAGGCUGUAUAGCCGGUUGGGUGGCUUUUUCUGUGUGUGUGUAUAUAUUUUUGUUGUACUAAAUAAUAAAAUAUAAAGCCUGAAAAAAACAACUUUGAUAGAAUAAGAGUGUGUUGUGUCAUAAGGUUCCACGGCAUGUAGUCUGUACACUGCAGCUGUGGAUUCUGUGUAAUGGUGUGCAGAUAAGAAUCUGAUUUGCAUAUUUAAAGAAGAAAAACUACCACAACAAGAGGACAUAAUCUUAAUUUAUAGGGUCAAACGUUUAAAAAUAUCAGGAAGUAUUACUUUACUGAGAGGGUAGUGGAUGCAUGGAAUAGUCUUCCAGUUGAAGUGGUAGAGGUUAACACAGUAAAGGAGUUUAAGCAUGCGUGGGAUAGGCAUAAGGCUAUCCAACUAUAAGAUAAGGCUAGGGACUAAUGAAAGUAUUUAGAAAAUUGGGCAGAGUAGAUGGGCCGAUUGGUUCUUAUCUGCCGUCACAUUCUAUGUUUCCAUCUAGUGAUUUCCUUUAAUGGUUUUGGCUUGCAUUCUUUUAAAUGCCAAUACUGUGUAGCUCACAUAUAUCUCUCACUAACAGAGAAAACACAUGGAAGAAAGCAUGGGUAGACUUGUUCUCUAUUGGCUAUAUAUAUAUAUAUAUUUAAAGGAAUCAGCCCUUGAAACGAGUAUAUUUUAUACAUAUGCACGUUUUUAAAAACUGAAAGACAAUUGCAUAAGUUCUACAAGAACUCAGCUCCUAGUAAAGGGGGAAGCUGAGAGUGAUGGGGAAAGUAUUACACACAAAAAAACAGGGAUAACUUAAGGCUGGUGUUUACUAAAUUCCUAUAAAUUCAAAAUAUGCAUCUUGCAAAGUUUGUGUGAUUGAAGUUCACAUAGUGUUCUGUAUCUCACAUUUGGUUAUUAAUUUGCUGUCUGGCGAACUGUAUCAAUAUUUCCUUUUAUAAUUUGUCUCUCCUUGCUUCCCUCAGGCUACAGGACUUGCCCUAGAUAAGAAUGAAUUGUUGGCUCUGUUUGGAAACCAGAGAUGCAAGAGGUGAGUGAAUCAACACUCCCCCUGCUGGCCAGAUGAAAAGCAGCAUGUCAUGUUCUGCAGACUAUAAAAUACUUACACUAUAUAACACACCUCCGAUAACCACACGUUUUUCUUUGCAGUUCCCUGUAGAUGUGCUUAGUGUGUCUACUUGCAGUUAGUCAUACUCCUCUCUAAUGAGAGCUGUCUCUUUAAAUGGACACUUUAACCCCUUAAGGACACAUGACAUGUCAUGAUUCCCGUUUAUUCCACAAGUUUGGUCUUUAAGGGGUUAAGCACCACAACUACUACAUCUUAAUGUAAACAAAAUGUCGUUUUGUUUUGGUUUAUUAUGCAUUGUAUAGACCGUGCACAAAAAUAUGUUGUUAAAAUAAAAAAAUUAAAGAUUAAAUUUAAAAAAAAAAAAAUAUAUAUAUUUUCUUCUAAGUUUUCUGUAGAUGUGCUUAGUGCACCUGCAGUUACAGUCAGACUCCACUCUAACUAGAGUUUUCUCUAAAUUGACACAUUAAGCAUCAAAACUACUAACAUCUUGAUGUAGGUUUUGAUGCAUAAGCCAUGUCUCUGCAGUCUUAAAAUUGUAAACAUUGCUGUCAGUCUACCACAAGAGCAGGUGUCUCACUGGCCACGUUGUCCUCUACCAUGGGGGCCACAAACCUGUUCUUCAAUAUGCAUGAACACAAAUCUGUACUCCUGUACACACAGCUGCACACUGCCAUAAACACAGAAUAUAUGCUUCCCACUUCACAUUUUUUUUUAAUUUUAUUUUAGUGUGCAGUGCCAGCGUGGGAACCUUAGGAUCUUAUUUUUUAAUGUUCUUGUUCCUUUAAUAAUAUUGUCAAUGCAAAGUAUUUAACGGUUCUUCCUCUUUAGAUUUUCUCUGGUGAUUGAAGGUGGGAAGGUGAAAGCCAUUAACGUAGAAGACGAUGGGACAGGUCUAACAUGCAGCCUAGCAGGAAAUAUUAUCUCUCAGCUCUGA